AUGAAGCUUGCAUUAGUUCCAGUUCUCUUCACCACCUCUACGCUGGGCCUCAGCAUUGCGCGAGCCCAAAACACCGUUCCAAUCACCUUCAUCGGUGCAGGCGGUGCUCAAUUUACUCAGGCCUUCUCGACCGAUGGGUCCUUCGCUCAGAUCAAUAAUGCCCUAAGUGUGUCGCACAUCUCUUCCGGCAUGGCGGGCGUUACUUGCACCUUCAACGGAGUGGAUAACGGGGUCACGACCAUCACUGGGCCCGGGGAAGUGGAUGUGGGCCCACCCCAGACUCAAGUUCAAGGGGCCUGCAGUCAGGGCUCCACCCCCCCCAGCCAUCCGGUGCAGCCUAAGCCGUCGGGGGGGCAGGUGUUGAUCACCUUCGUCGGGGCCGCGAAUGCCCAGUUCAGCCAGGAAUUCCCCACCAACGGUGCUGAAACAACUAUCACCAAUCCACUCAGCAUCUCACACAUCAUGUCAAACACAGGUGGCGUCCAGUGCACCUUCAAUGGUAUCGAUCAUAGUGUGACCAAUGUGAAUGGUGCUGAGACCGUUGAUGUUGGUCCACCCCAGACCCAGGUGUCUGGUGCCUGUCAUGCAUGA